AUGCCGGCUCUCUCAAUCUCCUUCUCAUACAAGUUGGUCGGCAUCCCAAACAAAACCAUGGUCAGCCUGCGAGUGGAAUUCCCUCCCAACGGCUCAACUCCCCCACAUCGCCAUGGCGGUGCCAAUGUUGGAGCGUAUGUCGUGAAGGGAAACCUUCUCAACAAAAUGAACGACGAUCCCAUGAAAUUGAUCGAAGAGGGCGGGAGCUGGUUUGAGGCGCCAGGAUGUCACCACCGCAUCAGCGACAACGCCAGCAAGACCGAGCCGGCGACCCUGAUUGCGACCAUGAUUACGGAUACCGACGCCUUUGAACGAGAUGGCAUGGGUGCUUUGAUCCAAAUCGACGAGGAGUAUCUCAAGCAGUAA